GUUGCUGACGGCGGAAGUCUGGCUCUUUACCGCAGUUUCGGCGGCUGACGCUCCUCCUUGCUCCUGAAGACCACGGGUUACAAAAGACGUUCCGUUAUCAACAAAGAACUGCAUCAUCCCACUGUGAAAGUCUUGCUGUGCACACAGACAGUUAUUUGCACCUUGCUGCAACCCAGCGAUUGGAACCCCGAGCAGCACUCUCCAUUGCCAACAGCAUCAGACGGAACAAUUUCAUACUUGGACCUGUAGCUGGUGCUGCUGCAGUAACAGCUCUCCAUUUGGCUCAGAUUGAAACUCAGGCCAAGUUUGCUCUCCAACAGUUUUCCUCUCUUGCAACUAUAACUGUUGGCAUCCAGUGUCACAACAACAGGCUUGCAGCAGCAUUACCUCGUCAACUGGCCCUCCUGAGUCUGCUCAAUAGACGAGAGGUGUCAGCUAUUGGGUUUAACUUGGACACUAAAAGCAAAACCUACAAAACCACACAACAGUGUCUUCCUGCUCCCAUGUACCACCACCACUCCCAGCAACAGGGGCCCCAGCCCUUCUCAAAUGGACCCCAACCUCAUCAUCAGUCACAUCCAAAUCAACAUCAGAGUCAUACUCCCACUGAUAUGCUCACUCAGGUGAUGGGUUUCCAAUUUCCUCGUCCCACCCAGCUCCCCGAGGAGCUAGAGUCUGCCCUGGCUAUCCGGGGUGCCAGGGACAUGGACCACCGCCUCAUUGACCGCAUGAACACACAAAACCAACACCAGAACCAAGCUUCGGUUUCUGGGAUCAGUCAACGUGGAACCUAUGGCUCAACAACACUCACCUCUGAUAGUCAGCCAGGUCACCAGCAAGACAUAGACUGGUCAAGUUACCAACCUCCAACCAAACUGUUUGCUGCUCCUCCAUGUAGUUCUAACCGGCAAUCACAUCGACAGGGACCUCAACAGCAGCCGGAGAUCAACCAAGCUGGAACAAGCAUACCAGGCUGGACUGUUGCUGUAAGUGACUCACCGUCCCCCCAAAGCCGAAAUCCUCAUGGUGGCAGGGGUGGUGGGGGGGAAGGUCAGAGUAUGUACACACCAGAGAGUGCCGGAAGCAUCUUGGCCAGUUUCGGACUUUCAAAUGAGGACUUAGAAGUGCUGAGUCACUAUCCUGAUGAUCAGCUAACCCCAGACACUUUACCAUUCAUACUACGUGACAUCCAAAUCAACAAGUCAGGCAAGCAGAAAACUGCGGCUUCUAACACCCCAUCCUCGUUUUCACGCAGUAUCCAUGAUAUGCAACUGCCACCUGCUCACUCUUCAGAAGUAGCUCAUUCACGCUCACCAGAAGUACCUAGCCUGCUUACCGUCACACAGACAGCAGGUAAAGUCAUUGACUAUGGUCAUGCCAGUAGGGCAAAGGACGAGACAAAUACCAGAAAAACUUUCAAAAGGGAGCCACUCUCCAAUGAAAGGACAGUUAAAAUGUACCCAUCAUCCACAUCAGAUCCAAAAGCAGAUAAACCUGAAAGGCGUCAGGUUCAUUUGGAAAACGCUGAAACAAGCAAGCAUGGAGACCGGGACUAUCGUAGAGCAAGAAGUGACCAUCACAAGACAAAUCGGUCACCUGGGAGAGAACUACCUCCCCCCUCCAAAUCUCGUAAUCUAGACAGAGACUACAGGCAUGAUCGACCCAAACCAAGGCCUUCAUCUGAAACCAGGAGUGAGGAUUCUUCAAGACGAUCUCUCUCCUCUUCAUCUGGCUCAAAACCACUAUGCAGCAAGAAGUUACCUACCCCCACCAUGAUAAGUGAUUUCUUGGCCGUGUGUCCAAAGGUGUAUCCCCACACCUGCUCUCUGUGCCACACACAGUCAGAUCAGGAAAAGGACUGGGUUGACCAUGUUAACACCGUCAACCACACUGCUGCUUGUAGAGACCUGCGUAACAAGUACCCUGACUGGAAACCAAAUCUAUCAAGUCGAAGUGGACGAUAUGGCAGCCAAUCUCCAUCCCAAUCCACGACUCGAUCCCACUCUAGUUCUACGAGCCCAGGCCCUCUCAACAAACACAGAGUGGGCACUCAUCCCAACCGGCCACAUGGGAAACUUUACACCCCUCUCCAUCAUCCCCGCUACAACCAUUAUUCAGAACACAGCAAUCGGAUGGACAGUCCCUGUGGCUCACAUCGAAUCUACAGAGUGAAUCGUCCUGAGAAGAGGGAAUCAUCAGGGGUUUCCUCUAGAAGUGGUGAUAAGCAUCCACACAAUGAUUCAACCAAGCGCGUCACCAGUCAACAUCCAUCCUCCUCUAAGAUUGGUCACAUCUCCAAACAUGGACCAUCACAAUCCAAAAUUGUCAAGAGUGGGACCAGGACUGGAACUAAGAUGCCUUCGACUGCAAGUGCAAAGGUCACUGACCCAUCUGUCAAAACUCCGCAACCCAAAAAGAAGAAGAAAAUGGUUACUCCAGCCUCUCAACACUCAUCUGUUGCAGAGCGUCUGGUUUAUCUGACAGGCAUCCCAAAGGACGCCUCAGAGCAGGAAGUUACUGACUUGCUUGGUUCCUUUGGCAAGAUCAACAAUGUGAUCCUUAUGCCAUGCUCUGAUGAAGAGAGUGAUUCGAGUGAAGGAAAAAAGGCAUCUGUUUGCAUGGUGAAGGCAGAAGAUGCCCAGGCACUGGCUUACUCCAAAAAUCUCUCCAUCAGAGACCAGCAAAUCACUGCUUCAACAGCCAAGAAACCCGAAGAAGGGCAAUCUUCUGAUAGCAGCAGCAGCAAACAUGGCACAGGACAGAAAAAGGGCACUGCUGGGGAAGAUACAGGAAAUGAGACUGACGAGAAGACUUCAGAUGAGAAAGGUGUGGUGUUGAUCUCAGGACUCUCCGAGAAUUGCUGCUCAGAGAGUGACAUCAUCAAGCUGAUUCAGCCCUUUGGGACUCCCUCUGACAUUAUCCUGGCAACACAGAUCCGAAAGGCCCUUGUGUUAGUGCCAGACAUGGAGCUUGCUCAGGAGAUAGUGAAAGUCCACAGCUUCAUGCCUGCAAAGAUCGGAGACUCCGAGCUGAAGAUCAUCCUUGUCAAACAGCGUGUUGGACUCAGCACACCGGUGGCCCUCUACAAUCUAAUGAUGGAGUCUGUGGACCCUUCAGAAUCUCCAGUUCCAGUUUGCUGGAACAGCCUCUUGGUGAUCAGUAAUGUUCCCAACACACCCUCUUGCUCCUCUGAGGUCCAGAAACUGGUGCAACGCUUUGGCACCGUCAUCAAUACUCUAGUGCUCAACAAUAUGGUCAUUUGUGAAAUGGCAACAGCAGCAAUGGCCUUGUCUGUUUACAAACGCUUCCAUACGUUUCCGUGCAUCAUACAGAACAAUCCACUGUUCUUCUCACGCAAGCCAGACCCAAAGGCCAACACACAGACAAAAGUCAUCACUGCUUACUUGGAUUCAGCAGAGGAUUUAUCUCCAAAUGGCAAGCGCAGACAAUCUGCAGCGGCGGCCGAUGAAGAGCAGAUGUCCCAAAAAGAGAAGUCUAAAUGUCUGUUGGAAGUGACGGUAAAAGAUGCUGCCGAAAUGAAUAAGAAAAUGAGUACAGAGGAAACAGUCGGCAAAGAAGAGGCUUUGGAAAGAAGUGACAGCAAAGACAAAAUUCAAGAAGAAGAGCUAGCCAGUACUGUUUGUGACUCCUUGGCUACACCAGACUUCAAACCAGAAGCAGCCUCCAAUUCUGACGCAGGAGAAACAUCAGCUGGGAAAACUGUCUCGGAGGAAAAAGAGGAGAAGAAAGUAGUUGAUGCAUCUGAAGCAGGAAAUGACAAGACAGUAGUUGGUGAAGAGACAAAGCUGAUGAGUGCUGAUGACAAAGUGGCCUCUGGGAGACAGUCAUGCAGACAGAACUUCCAAAAGUUACUCAAGAAAUGGUUAACACACUGCUUGUGGAGUGCCGAACAAGAACCAUGAGACAUCCUGACUAUGUUGCAGCUUCCACCUCUGGAGUAGAAGGGGAAACGCCAAUGGAGCAGGGUGAAAAACCUGUAGAAGACACCAAAGAGCAGGCCAAGAACAGCACAGAUGAGGAGACACAGCUGCAGGAGAGGGAG